AUGGCGUUGCCUCGUGACUGGAGUUUCCGAUCGCUUCGCGACGAGUCCGUGGCCGUAAGCAGUACGGGUCUGUCGGGACCUUGCGACCGAUCCCGCGGAUCUGUUGUCUCAGUGAGUUCGUGCAGCUCUUACCAAGCCCCACCGCUAUAUCAGCCUGACGGCACUGCGGGAGACCUAAAGGUCUUCACGGAUGCUUUCAGAGGCCAUCUCCAGGCUGUGACGACCUGUCUUUCGCAAAGUGACAGGGAUGUGCUAACAGCUGCCCACAUAACUCAGCAUCUUUUUGUGGAGCUCAUCGACUCCGCACAGGUGAUUUCGCAUAAGCUUUCGGCCAUUGCACGCAGUGCUCUCGAACAGCUUCCAACACUGCUCUGGCUGGCGAGAGGUCACCAAAGCGACGAGCUGCAGAUUUGCGUAGCAGAGCUCUAUGAUGGCAUUGCUACCUUGUGCAAGGAUCUGCAGACAAUUCGCACCGACUACAUUGAUCUGCUCAAGCAGGUUCAAUAUGUGGGGCAGUGCACCCGGGUGGCUAUGGAUCAGAUAGUCACGAGCUCCCUGCCCGCGCCGGCCGAGGAUGAGAGUGGAAGCUUGGAGUGCACAGCACGUGACGCCCUCGAGCUGACAGACGCACAGAAGGAGGUCCAGAAGUAUCUGGAGGUCUCGGCAAUGCACCUUGAUGGCCAGUGCCAUCUCUUAGAAGAGUGCUCGGACUUUUGGCUGAUGUUGCACGAGGCAGAGCUUCAGCUUCGGAAGUUGGCCAAGGAGUCCAAGGUGAUCUCGGAGGGCCAGGGCGACCACCAUCGCCGGGGCAAGUCCACGCUACAGAGCUUCUGCGAACACCUCCGGUCUUUCUCCGGCCUCUACUCCGGACUUCCACGGCACAAAGUCAAGUCGCAUCAGUCCAAAGGCACCCAGCCCGCCUGA